AUGUCGCACAGUGUGGUUAGUUCUCCAACUAUAAUUUCUCAACUUCUUCCUUUUUCGACAGAUAGCAGUAAUAACAACAAUAGCAAUACUGGUAGUAGUAAUAACAACAAUAGCGGCAAUUUAAACAAUACCGAAAGUAAUAAUAGUGGUGGUAGUAGAAGUAGAGGAAAUAGUGGAUCAAAUAAUUAUAGAAUAAACACAGUUUUACACAGUGGUAAUACUAGUAAUAAUAACUCUCCAAAUUCACUCAACUAUAAUAAUAAUAACUCUCCAUUGUCCAAUGGAGUCGUCACAGGUAGAAAGAGAUCUCACUCUGAUUUAACAGCUUCUAUCCUUGAAGCACAAUCAUCAAUGGAUUUUAUGAAUAAUAAUAAUAACAAUAACAACAACAAUAACAAUAACAAUAAUAAUAUUAAUAAUAAUAAUAAUAACAAUAGUUAUCAUAGUAGUAAUAAUAAUAAUAGUUAUAGUAAUAAUAAUACAUCACCAUCGUCAUCAUCAUCAUUAUCUUGUCAUGACAUGAUGGUUCAAUAUAAGUCAUUAUUACCACCAAUACCAUUCAUUCCAUUAUCUCCAAAUAAAAGUAAUAAUAGUGGCAAUAAUAAUUCAACUAUUAGUUAUACAUCAAUUGUUAAUGACGAAAUGUUUAAAUUUAAUACAGGUAUUGAUUGUAGUAAUAAAAAAGAAGAUAGUAGUAUUAAUAAUAAUAAUAAUAAUAAUAAUAAUAAUAACAACAAUAACAAUAAUAAUAUAGAGGAAAUUUAUUUACCGAUUGAUGUGUUAGAUUUAAUAUUUUCACAAUUAUCAUUUAUAGAUAGAUGUAUUUGUGCAUCAGUAUGUAGUUCAUGGAGAAAUGUAUUAAUAAUGCAGCCACAUCCAUUGUUGGAGAAUUGUUUUGUAUCACUUCAUAAUCAACCACCAAUUCAAUCGGUACCAAUUAUAACACCAUUUUUAUUAAAUAACUUCAAUAUAACUAUAUCACCAUGUUCAUGUUAUAAAUGUUAUUAUACAAAUCCAACCUAUAAAUAUUUAUCAAACUGGAUGGAAUACUUAAAACCAUUCUAUUCAGUUGUUAAAUUAAAUAAAUUGGUUUUUAGAGUAUUUCAAAAUUCAACUGAUAUGUCUACCUCUUCUUCUUCUUCACCUUCUUCACCUUCAUCAAAUACAACAACAACAACAACCACCACCACAACUACCUCUUCUUCAUCUUCUGCUGGUGGUACAAAUAAUAACAAUCAUAAUAAUGAUGGUUUACUUUCUCCAUUCCCUUCAUCACCAAUGCCAACUUUCCCAGAGUUUAGUAUAAGCCAAAUUAAUAAUAACAAUAAUAAUAAUAACAAUAAUAACUCUAAUAAUAAUAAUAAUAAUAAUAAUAAUAAUAAUAAUAAUAAUAAUAAUAAUAAUAAUAAUAAUAAUAAUAAUAAUAAUGGUAGAACAAAUCACUUUUUACAUCAAAGUCCAUUUUUAACUGGAUUACGUAAUAGUGGUGAACAUCAACAUAUUCAUAAUCAUUAUCUUCAUAAUCAUUAUAACCAACAACAACAACAAACACAACAACAACAACAACAACAACAACAAUUGUUACAAACUCCACAACCACAACAUUCACCAUUGGUAUCAAUAUCAUCACCAUCUAGUGCAUCAUUAGCUGCAUCUUCAAUUCAAUACAAUGGAGGAGGAGGAGCAGGAGCAGGAGGAGUAGGAGGAGAUCAACAAUUAGAAUUAUUAUCAAAUUGUGAAUGCCAUGAAAAGGUUUCAAAAGAAUCAAUGUUACAUGGUGAUGAUAGUUUUGAUGGUAAUAAUGGUGGAAACUAUUCACAAUGGUGUUUAGAUUUAGAGAAACCAAUAACAUUACCAUUAAAAGAUAGAAGUGCAUCAAUACCAUUAAGCACAUUUAUUAAAGUUUUAGAUAAUAGUGAAAUGGUUGAAAGAAUAAAGAUGAGAGUUUGUAUAGAUUUACCAUGGUCAAAAACUAAAGAGUUUUCACUUUUUAAGCCAAUAAAAAAUGCAGAGAAAUUAACAGAGAUUGGUUUAUUAAAUCAUGACCCAUUCGAUACUAGUAUGAGUUCAGCUCAAACUACAACCUCAAAUAUCAAUUCAUUGAUUUUCUCAACCCUAUUUUCAAAUGCAUCAAGUUUUGUAAAUUUAAAAAGACUCUAUUUAAUUACCACCAACAUCGAUCAUAAAUUUCUUUACAAUUUAAAACUUCAUUUACCAUCGGUUACAGGACUUCAUUUAUCAGUUUGGAAUGUUAAUGUACUUGGUUUAUUUGAAAUGAUCACAUCGGUCUAUGGUGAUUCAUUAAAGGAACUUUCCAUUAGAUUUACAACUUGUUUAGGUAUAAAGUAUAAACCAUUCUCUCAUACCGAAUAUAAAUUGGAUGAUUCAAUCGUGGAGUUAUUGGUUAACAAAUGCCCAAAUUUACAACAUUUCUCAUUCGAGGGUUGGUUAUCAAAUAUAUCUUCGAAAUCAUUUCAACUCUUAUCAAAAUUAACCUUAAAACAUUUGGUAUUAAAGAAUGGUCCAUAUUCUCAAACUUCAUGUAAACCAAUUUGGGCAAGAGUUAAAAUGGAAUCAACAGAGAAUCCUUAUCAAUCAUUAUUGGUUUCUGAACAAGAAAUUAAAGAUUUUGUUAGAUCUCAAAGAAAUUUAAAAGUAUUUGAAAUUUUUACACCACAAAUCGAUAAAUUCACUUCAAAAGACUUUUUAAAUAAUUUAGAAAUUUUAGAUAUUAAUCAAGGUUCAACUGGUGGUAGUAGUAGUAAUUCUACUUCAUUAACAAUAAUUAAUAAUAAUAAUAAUAUAAAUAAUAAUAAUAAUUCACCAGAUUUACCAUUUGAAUGUGAUAGUUUAAAUAGUUAUUUAACCAAUUUACAAAACCUUCAAAAACAUGUAGCAUUUAGUCAUCAAGAGAGUUUGAAUAGUUUAUCAGAUGAUCUUAUCACCAAUUUCGUUGAAUCUGGUCCAAAUUUAAAAUAUUUAAAGAUUGUUGAUAGAUUAAACUUUCGUUCUCACAUUAAAGGUGGUAAUAGAAAUAAAUAUCAUAGAUCAAAAUUAUCAAAUUAUUUUAAUCAACAAUUUCAAUGUAAUAAACAUUAA